UGGGCUGAGUCUGAGGCGGAGCGGUAAGUCCCUCACCUGCCUCAAAUAUGGAACAAGAAGCUGAAGUCCGAAUGAAUCAAACUGAGUCUGCUCCAGAAAAUAUAGAAGUGAUGGAAACUAAGAAAAGGGGACCAAGAGGUCGGGGAAUAGGCCGAGGUGGCAGAGGACAUUCUAGAGGGAAGAUGCGAGGUAGAGCACUGAAUGGCUUUGGGCCUGUAAGACGUGGAAUGGGAAGAAUGCGCCCAUAUCCAGAUUCAAGAGGUCGAAGAGGAGGACGAGGAGGACCACUUUUCCCACCAUCUCCACCCAUAAGAGGAACGAUGAGACUGCCUUUUCUGCCUCCUCCCCCACGAUAUGGAGUUCCUCUUCCCCCUCUUCCUCCACACCCACCACCAGGAUUAAUGGGCUUCAGGGGCAGUCCUCUUCCCCCCAGAGCCAGAGGGAUGUUGCCAUGGCCACCAGCCCAUUUUCCACCUCCAGGAGGUCUGGUGCAGUUGGGGCUUUUUAGUGUGAGCAGUCCUUACAUUGGGUCCAAAGUCUGCAAGCAAAGUAAAAUAAAACGAAGAAAAGCAAUUAAUUGAGGUAUGAAAGCAACUGGCUUCCAGUUAAGUGAAAGCUAAACAGUUAAUUAAUUUAGUCUUGAUAAAAACGGCCACCACCAGACUUUGCACUGGUACUUGUUUGGAUCCUUGGUGUCUUUAAUUCAUUGCAGUGGAUAAUAUUUUAAUUUCAUAUGUUUUCUGGAAAGCGAGCUUUUUUGAACUGUGUAUAGUGGGGGAUGGGGAUUAUGGGCCUCCAGAUGUUGUUGACAGCAGCUUGUAGCAGCCUUAGGCCAGUGGUAAGAAAUGCUGGAAGCUGCAAUACAACAAAAUCUGAGGUGCUGCUUAAUCCCUGUCCUGGAUGUAUAAUAUACAGUUAGAAUAGAUUUGUUUAGUUCUAGUCCAGUGGUUAAAAUUCUGUUCCACAACCAUCUUUUAUUUACAGUCUUUGUAAGCUUAAAGCAUAGAACUUGCUGCUUUAAAACUAGCUAAAUUGGUUAAUAGUUCAUUUGUCUAAUGAUACUUAAUAGUGAAAGAAUGAUGCUAUUGUUAUCUUCUGAAGGGUAACAUAGUCACCCUUUGAGGCCAGUGGGAGAUGGCAUGCAGACCUUUGGGAGAGCUUUCAUCAAGGCCUUAUUUGAGGUGAGAGAGUAUUUAAAACAUUUUUUCACUCAAUUAUUUCCUUAAGCAAAGUGCACAUUCAUCUGACUUCAAUUCAUGUUCUUAGUAUAUAUACACGUGAACAGGCACACAGAGUAUUGAUAUUGUUCCCACUCAUGGACCAAGGUUCACAGUUGCCUUAUGAUGAAGCCAGACCAUUUGAAAGGAUGCAUUGUGUUCAGGUCUAGCAAUUUGGCCAAGCACGCUGGUAGUAGGUCAGGAAAGCACAUAUCAGACUGUCACAAGGCUUAGUUUUUCACAGAUCUGUCAGAAGGUUACAUCCCAACCCCACUUCCUUAGGGGCAGUGCAUGCCAAACAACAGCACAAAACACUGGUGAGUCUUUUUUUGUACAGGCUGUAUCUGGAUCUACUUUGAUUUUUCUAUUACUGAAACAUACACUUAGGUACAAAACACACUGCAGAAAUAAUCCAAUUUGACACCACUUUAACUGCCUUGGCUUUAUGCUAGGGAAUUCUGAGAACUCUAGUUCUGUUAGACCGUUAGCCUUCUCUGUUGGAGAGCUCUGC